GCCGCAGCGCUCUCCCCUCGGCCCCCAGCUCCCCCGCCGCGCCCGCCUACGAGGUUCCGCAGGAUGGGCGGCGGGAGGAAGCGGCGGCGGCGCGACGGCCCGGACGCGCCGCCGGUGAUGCACCCGCGCAACCGCUACGCCGCCGCGGCGCCGGACUUCGCGGCGCUGGCGUCGCUCUACCCCUCCUUCGCCCCCUUCGUCACCGUGUCCGGCGGGGGCCGCGCGUCCGUCGACUUCACCGACUUCGCCGCCACGCGGGAGCUCACGCGCGUCCUCCUCCUCCACGACCACGGCGUCAACUGGUGGAUUCCGGAUGGACAGCUUUGCCCUACUGUUCCAAACAGAUCCAACUACAUCCAUUGGAUUGAGGAUCUUCUCUCUUCUGAUCUCAUACCACGAAUGUCCAACCCAAGUGAGACAGUGAGGGGUUUUGACAUAGGCACCGGUGCCAAUUGCAUCUACCCUCUCCUUGGAGCAUCGUUACUGGGCUGGAGCUUUGUUGGAUCUGAUGUGACUGAUGUUGCACUUGAAUGGGCUAAGAGGAAUGUGGAGAGCAACCCACAUCUAGCAGGUCUAAUUGAAAUCAGAAACGCAAAUGAAGCACCCUGCUCUUCGAAGUCUGAAACAGUUGCUGAGGAAGCAGUCAGUGAGAACAUUCCAGAGCCAGUGGACAGUGUGGUGAGGGCAAUAGCACCUAUUUUUGUGGGUGUUGUGAAGGAUAGUGAGAACUUUGACUUCUGUAUGUGCAAUCCACCAUUCUUUGAGAGUAUGGAGGAAGCUGGCCUUAACCCAAAAACUUCUUGUGCUGGAACUGCUGAAGAGAUGGCUUGCCCUGGUGGCGAGCAAGCCUUUAUAACACAUAUAAUUGAAGACAGUGUUUCUUUUAAGAACUCUUUCAGGUGGUUUACGUCGAUGGUUGGCAGAAAAGCAAAUCUAAAACUAUUAGCAUCCAAAGUCCGUGAAGCUGGGGCCUCAGUUGUGAAAACUACUGAGUUCGUGCAAGGACAAACAGCGAGAUGGGGCCUUGCAUGGUCGUUCAUUGCUCCGAGAAAAAAUGUUAUAAGAUCCAGUACACCAGGAAAAGUCCACCAUUCUUUCAUGCUUCAGGGUCUCCGACGUGGAAAUGGUGCGUUUCAGGUGUUGAAGUCAGCUGAGACCUUUUUCUGUGCAUCUAAUCUAUCAUGUAAAACCGAUUCUCUGUCAUUUUCUAUUGAUGUUACAUUGCCAGAUGAGCAGACUCAGGCUGCAACAUUGGAUUGUGAUGACCUUCCUGGUUCUGUUGAAGACAACUCUACAAAGGUGCAUAGCAUUGUUACAGGAGCAUCCUUCCGUAUUUCGGUGUUUGAACAGAUGCCUGGCACACUGUUAAUCAAAGGUUCAUUAUUGAACAAGUCACUGUCAGGUACCUUCACAUCGCUGUUCUCCCAGCUGGAGGAGACGCUGAAGACGGAGUUCGUCAGCAAGGACCGGUAGCUCAAGAGUCCAUCCUCGUCAACGGGGCCUUAAUCAUGAACAAGCGGAUGAGGCUAUUAUUGUAACCCCUGCUGGCCUGAACUCUUUUCAACGCCAAGAAAUGUGAAGCGUGGGCGUCACGAGACUGACAGCAACGGCCCUGGCGGCGGCCGGUGGCAGCCACGAGCAAAGCCGUCACCGAAGGCGGCCUGCACCACACCCGAUUCCAAUUCCAAUUCCAUCUUUUGCUGCGCCGAUGCCUACCAGCAUGUUGUGUUGCUGUCAUGGCGCCCCGUUGCUCGUCCGAAUCUCGAAAGCGACUCCGGCGACGCCCGCCCGUUCGAGAACCUCGCCUUUGCUCUUUUCCAGAUUCCGCCCACACGAGAAACGAACCUCUUCUUUUGUUGGCGUGGGCGUGUGUGCCGGCGUCCGUCACGCUUUUGGAGAUGCACCGCGUCUGGCUCCGGUGGUUUGUUUGAGCUGCGCGGUGCAGGAAGGGAGCUGCCAUUUUGCGGUUGACGUGUUUCAGAUACGCUCGUGUUAGCAGUCCGGCAGCCGAUUUUGACAGGCGUCUUCUGGUCAUCGGCGGUGCUAU